AUGAUAUCACAUUCAGACAAAAAUCCUCACAGCUGCCUUCCGAGACCACCACACGAGCGCAAAAAGUAGACACUAGUGCUCCAAGAUUGUACACAAACUCACUCUCUCACCCCCAAUCAAACUUCUUCUGUGUCUGAAAUUCUGAGUCUCUUCUACCAUCUCUAAUCCGCCACCACCACCGUCUCAGCCACCCAAAACCACCACCCACCACUACCUUUACAAGAUUCUAAAAAUCUUUAGCCCAUACAAUCAACUUUUUUUUUUUUGAACAAAUGUUGUUGAAUAAUUUUUCAUAUAUUAAAACAGGAAAAAGAGGAAAAUUUACUCACUUACAAAAAUUCAUCACCAACACUAGAACAAGUCUAUAUUUAAUAUUUUUCAAGAUUAGGGAAAGAGAAAGUCUUGAUUUUUCUUGAAAGUUUCUGCAAAAAGUUUCUUUCUUUUAGCUUUCUAAAAGCCAAGUUGUAUCUAAUCACAUGGAACCACCAGAGAAUAGUAACGCCAGCGGUGGUGCGGUGGGUUUUGAAGAUGCUCAGAAGAUAAUUCUCCGGUGGGAUUCUACUGCUUCAGAGGAAGCCAGGGAGAGGAUGAUCUUCGAAGGCGACCGUGAGGAGGUGGAUCGGUAUUUGAAGGCUGUCGAUGAUAUUCAAGAAUCUAUGUCGUCGACCACCAUCUCCGAUGAUCAAGACAAAGUCAACAGCGCCACCAUCCAGAUCGCUAUGGCCAGGCUUGAAGAUGAGUUCCGCAACAUACUUCUCAACCACACUACUCCCGUCGAGUUGGACUCACUCGCCGCCGCCGAUCCCAGCUCUUCAGUCCACUCCUCCGCCGCAGGCGAGUACGAAGACGACGAUCAUGCGGGUGAUGACGAUAUACAAGAUCAAAUCCAACGAGCAGAUUCAUCUACAAGUAACAGCAGCACGAGCUAUCGAUCCACUAGCAGUAUUCGCGAGAUCGAUCUGAUUCCACAGGAAGCAGUGUGUGAUCUCCAGUCCAUUGCCAAGCGCAUGAUCUCUGCUGGGUACUUGCGCGAGUGUAUCCAGGUGUACGGGGGUGUUCGAAAAUCUGUUGUGGACGCAAAUUUUAAGAGACUCGGGUUUGAGAAGCUGAGUAUUGGGGAUGUACAGAGACUCGAGUGGGAUGCUUUGGAGACCAAAAUCAGGCGUUGGAUAAGGGCGGCUAAGGCUUGUAUAAGGAUUUUGUUCGCGAGCGAGAAGAGACUUUGUGAGCAGAUUUUUGAUGGGAUUGGAACAGCUGUGGAUGAUGCUUGUUUCAUGGAGACUGUUAAGGGUCCAGCAAUUCAGCUGUUCAAUUUUGCUGAAGCUAUAAGUAUAAGCAGGAGAUCGCCGGAGAAAAUGUUCAAGAUUUUGGACUUACAUGAUGCUUUAAUGGACUUGAUGCCCGAUAUUGAGGUGGUUUUCGAAUCGAAAUCAGCAGAUUCGAUUCGAGUCCAAGCUGCUGAGAUUUUGUCAAGAUUGGCUGAAGCUGCAAGAGGGAUUUUAUCGGAGUUUGAAAAUGCUGUUUUGCGUGAGCCUUCAUUGGUUCCAGUGCCUGGGGGGACAAUUCAUCCCUUGACAAGGUAUGUGAUGAAUUAUAUCAGUUUGAUCUCAGAUUAUAAACAGACCUUGAUCGAGCUUAUUUUGUCGAAACCAUCAACGGGGUCAAGAUAUUCUGGUGAUUCAACAACCCCAGAUAUGGAAUUUGCUGAGUUAGAGGGGAAAACCCCAUUAGCCAUUCAUUUGAUUUGGAUUAUUGUAAUUCUGCAAUUCAAUUUGGACGGCAAGUCCAAGCGUUACAAAGAUGUAUCAUUAGCGCAUCUGUUUAUGAUGAACAAUGUUCACUACAUUGUUCAAAAGGUUAAAGGGUCACCUGAAUUGAGAGAAAUGAUUGGAGAUAAUUACUUGAGGAAACUAACAGGGAAAUUCAGGCAGGCAGCUACUAGUUACCAGAGAGCUACUUGGGUGAGGGUGUUGUAUUGCUUGAGGGAUGAGGGGUUACAUGUGAGUGGGAGUUUCUCUUCUGGGGUGUCGAAGAGUGCUUUAAGGGAGAGGUUUAAGACCUUCAAUGCUAUGCUUGAAGAGGUUCAUAGGACUCAAGCAACAUGGUUGGUGCCAGAUAAUCAACUGAGGGAGGAGCUUCGAAUAUCUAUAUCAGAGAAGUUGAUCCCAGCUUACAGGUCAUUUCUUGGGAGGUACAGGAGUCAUAUAGAGAGUGGAAAACACCCGGAGAACUAUAUGAAGUAUUCAGUUGAGGAUUUGGAGAGUGCUGUCUUGGAUUUCUUUGAAGGGUACCACGUAUCUCAGCUCUUGAGGAGGAGAUCCCAGUAAAGAAGGUGGGAUGAGUUUUGCCAGUUUAUGAACUAGGACACAUUCUUUGAAUUCUUUUGUGGGGUGUUUGGCUGGAUGUGAUGCUGGUCACUAGGGGGCUGCCCUGUGCUCUCCAAUUCUUUUAAGCAUCACUGAUUAAUUUCCUGCAAAUUGGAAGGAGUCAAGUUCAUUUUGGGAAGAUCAGGUGUAGCUCUCCAGAAUAGCCAGGUCUCUGAACCUGAAUGCUUCCUCGCUGCAAGCAUGUUGUUUGCCUCUAGUCCACAUUCUAGAUUUUUGUUCCAUUUUUUUACAUGGGAAUUGUUUUAUGUGUGAUUAUGAAGUAUAUUUUUAUUUUCUUUUCUAGCCUCAAAA